AGCUGCAAGGGGUAGGGCACAGUGAGAGGCAGAUAAUAGCCGUUGCUGCCAGCAUUACCAGGCACCAAGGAAAGCAAUGACUGUGAGCGACUCCAAAGCAAGGGUGCAGCAGAUGGGCUCUCUGGGGUUUCUGGACCGAGGUCACAUUGCCCUGGUGCUGCAGUUGCUGUUACUCGUUCUCUUCGCUGGACUCCUGGCCGCCAUCAUCAUCCAAGUUUCCAAGAUCCCCAGCUCAGAGGAAAUGCAAUGGGAAAAAACAAAGCAGGAGAAAAUGUACCAGGACCUGAGCCAACUGAAGUCUGAAGUUGAUAGCCUCUGUCGCCACUGCCCUUGGGAUUGGACAUUCUUCAAUGGAAACUGUUACUUCUUCUCCAAGUCGCAACGGAACUGGCAUGACUCCAUCACUGCCUGCCAGGAGGUGGGGGCCCAGUUGGUCGUCGUCAAAAGUCACGAGGAGCAGAGCUUCCUGCAGCAGACUUCCAAGAAAAAUGGCUACACCUGGAUGGGGCUGUCAGACCUGAACAAGGAAGGUGCAUGGUAUUGGCUGGAUGACUCACCUCUGUCAGACAGAUUUGGGAAGUAUUGGAAUAGAGGACAGCCCAACAACAUUGGGGGACAAGACUGUGUGGAAUUCAGAGAUGAAGGCUGGAAUGAUGCCAACUGCAACGACAUGAAAUUGUGGAUCUGCAAAAAAUCUGCAACUACCUGUUCCAGCAAGUGAUGGCCAGACCCCCUCUGCAGUUUCCGCAGCCUAAACAUCCCUGUUGGACAGUGGACUUGUACUUUUCCCAGUUCUUUUCCCUAUCUAUGGGCGUGGAGAUCUUAGUAUUACAUACUCUGGGACGUCUUCAGUCUCCUUUGCUAGUCACUAUGGUGCUGGACCAUUGAUGGCCUUCCUUGGAUGUCUCCAAAAUCCUGCUGGCACAGCUGUGGUUCUACCGUUGGGUUUAUUCGCAUUAAAGUUGUGUGGGAUACACUGA